UGUUUAGCUCCUAGGACAAAAAAUCUAAAAGAAUCCCAAAUAGAUAAUGAAAAAGUUUGACCUGGCCUUUGCAAAGGGAAAAGUGGCAGCUAACUCCUUCAAUGCUAAGACAAGAACCUUCUAACAUUGUCAUGUUUUUUUUAAGCAGCUCCAACUCCAACUACAACUUCCUGAUUCAUUCCAUUUUGACAGCCAAUCAACAGCCACUAACAUCACCAUUCACCACUGUUUCAGCUGCUUCCACCAGCGAAUCCCGCCACCAUGUCAGUCUGCUGCUGCGGCGUCGAGUGCGUCGUCUUCAUAGGCUUCUCACGGUGGUUAUGGAAGCGCUGCACUUACGUCGGCUCAAACGACAGCGCCACCUGGCCAUCCGCGACCCCAGAAGAAUUCGAACCCGUUCCUCGGAUCUGCCGUGUCAUCCUAGCCGUCUACGAACCUAACAUCCGCAACCCCCAAUUCGCCCCACCCGGCGGCUACCGUCUCAACCCUGACUGGCUCAUCAAGCGCGUCACUUACGAAGAAACCCAAGGCCGUGCUCCGCCAUACAUUAUCUACGCUGACCACCACAACCGGGAGAUCGUACUCGCAAUCCGCGGUCUAAACCUGAUCAAAGAGUCCGAUUACAAGCUUCUCCUCGACAACCGCCUUGGAAUGCAGAUGUUUGACGGCGGGUUCGUCCACCAUGGCCUGCUGAAAUCGGCGAUUUGGUUGCUGAAUCGGGAGUCAGAGACGCUUAAGAAAUUGUGGGUUGAAAAUGGACGGUGUUACAAGAUGGUUUUUGCUGGGCAUUCUUUAGGGUCUGGUGUUGCUGCUUUGCUGGCUGUAGUUGUUGUGAAUCAUGGUAAUAAACUUGGGGGAAUUCCAAGGAACCUUGUUACUUGUUAUACGAUUGCUCCUGCUAGAUGUAUGUCGCUUAAUUUGGCUGUCAAAUAUGCUGAUGUUAUCCAAUCUGUCAUUCUUCAGGAUGACUUUCUACCAAGAACGGCCACUCCAUUAGAAGAUAUUUUCAAAUCACUCUUCUGCUUGCCGUGUCUGAUGUUUUUGAUAUGCUUGAGGGACACCUUCAUCCCAGAAGAGAGGAAGCUUAGAGAUCCAAGAAGAUUAUAUGCUCCUGGGCGAAUGUACCAUAUUGUAGAAAGGAAAUUUUGCAGAUGUGGGAGGGUUCCUCCAGAGGUUAGAACUGCUAUUCCUGUUGAAGGAAGAUUUGAGCAUAUUGUGCUGUCCUGUAAUUCUACAUCUGAUCAUGGAAUUGUCUGGAUCGAAAGAGAAGCGGAGAAAGCUUUAAUAAGGAUGAAAGACAGCAGUGUAGAGACAGUAACUAGUCCUCCAAGAGUGCAGAGAUUUGAGAGGUUGCAGACAAUUGAAAAGGAACAUAAGGAUGCCUUAGAAAGAGCUGUAAGUCUCAAGGUGCCUCAUGCUGAGACUUUAGAGAAAGAAUUAUCAGAACAUGGAAACCCGAGGUCAGUCGAGGCCAAAGAUUUACAUACAUUGGAAGAUAAGACAACCGAGGAGUCCUCAAGACCCCAACCUAAAUCAAUUGGUGAGAGAGCCACUUGGGAUGAAUUGGUAGCAAAGCUCUUCAAAAAGUCGGAACUUGGAGACUUGCAUUUACAUAGAAUACAAGAUGCUGUACCAAAUUCGCCAGGUUCCCAAAACUCUUGACGAAUCAGUUUACGUUUACCACACUAUCUUGUUUUCUUUUUUUUUUCCCGAAUUUGUAUAUUGUUUCGUGUACAUCCCAAUGGUUGUAUAAUUAUUGACGAGUGUGGACUGUAUAGUAAUAGUGAGAACGUGGUGAUCAUUUUAGCGUUUUCAUUCUUUUUUGACCAGUGGAAAAUUGGCUACAUCAAGUAUUGUAAUAGCAUUUUACUGUUAUAUAUGAAUAGUAGGCUUUGAAAGCUUGUUAUCA